AUGUCGCACGGUAAUCACGCUAUACCUGUCGGGUCGCGCGUCCUCGUCACCGGUGCAAACGGCUAUAUCGCAACGCAGAUCAUCGAGCAGCUUCUCCUGCUUGGAUACGUCGUGAGGGGCACUGUGCGUGCAGUGAAACCAUGGCUGGAUACCUACUUUCACGGAAGAUACGGAAAGGAUGCUUUUGAACAGGUCAUUGUGUCGUCGAUUACGAAUAGAGAUGAGAUUGAUGCCGUGUUGGAUGAGGUGGAUGGUAUCAUCCACGUGGCUUCGGAUGUUUCGUUGAGCUCUGACCCCGAGGAAGUCAUUUCUUGGGUCGUGCGAUCGACACUGGAUGUGCUGGAUCUCGCUACCCAGAGACCAGCUAUCAAGCGGGUGGUGCUUGUCUCUUCGUCCACUGCUUUAUAUACCAUGCAGCAGGGCAUUGAAGAGAAGGCCGUUCAUGAAAACACAUGGAAUAUUCGAGCUGUAAAAGCUGCUUGGGAUCCUAAAUUCCCAGAUGACAGAAAGGCCAUCAUGACUUACUCAGCGGCUAAAACAGAGGCUGAGCGACAGGCUUAUAAAUGGGUAGAGGAACAUCGGCCCAAUUUCAUACUUAACAGCGUACUUCCCUGCUGGACGCUCGGCAAAGUACUCUCCUCGGAGAUGUUUGGCUCCACGAUGGGCUAUACACGUUUGGCACUGAAGGGCGACAACAUGUUUCUAUCGCUCCUUCCCCAACAUUGGUUCGUCGACGUAGAGGACAUAGCGCGUCUCUGCGCCGUGGGACUUCUCGACCCUAGCGUCCAAGCCGAGCGACUGUUCGGUUUUGCGGAGAAUAUGACCGGGCACGAUAUCAUAUCCACUCUUCAAAAGUUGCGCCCAGGAAAUUGUAAUCUCACCCAGCCCCCCGGAAACGUGAUACGAGACCAAACCGAAGUUCUGCCUCGCAAGCGGGCAGAAGACCUGCUGCGGAAGUUCUACGGUCAGUCGGGGUGGACACCUAUCCAGGAUAGCUUGGAGAAGGGCAUUGAUGGGUGGGAGUAG